CAACCCAGCAAAACAUUGCUGCGGAUUCCCUGGAACCAAAAUCUUUAAUUAUUCUCAACAAAAACAAUUAACAGUCCAUCUUGCUUUAACUUACAAAUUCUCUUCUGUGACCUAAAAAGUUCAAGCUUUAAGCUUUGUUCCCCCAGUAAAACAAGCAUGAGUUUCUCCAAGUUUGUAUCCUUUGUUUUGAUAUUGCAUCUGCUUAAUCCAACAGUUGUUUUGUCAUCUUCUUUUUUGAGCUCAUCAAAUGGGUGGUCUGAAAUCCCCAAGAAGUUUCUUCAUUUUGCUAAGGGGCCGGAGCUUGUUGAUUGGAUAGUGGGUAUUAGGAGGAAGAUACAUGAGAAUCCUGAAUUGGGAUAUGAGGAAUUUGAAACUAGUAAGCUGAUCAGAGAAGAAUUGGAUAAAAUGGGCAUUCCCUAUAAGUACCCAGUUUCAGUUACUGGUGUUGUUGGCUAUGUUGGGACUGGUAAACCUCCUUUUGUUGCAAUAAGGGCAGAUAUGGAUGCUCUUGCUAUGGAGGAAUUGGUGGAGUUCGAGCACAAGAGUAAAAAUCCAGGGAAGAUGCAUGCUUGUGGGCAUGAUGCUCAUGUUUCAAUGCUUCUUGGUGCUGCAAAAAUACUGAAAGAGCAUCUUGAAGAGUUAAAGGGUACAGUUCUUCUUGUUUUCCAACCAGCUGAGGAAGGAGGUGGAGGGGCAAAGAAGAUGCUAGAUGCUGGAGUGUUAAAGAACGUUGAUGCAAUCUUUGGGCUACAUGUUGUACCUGAUCAACCUAUUGGUACAGUGGCCUCCAGGCCCGGUCCUCUAUUGGCUGGGAGUGGCUUCUUUGAUGCAGUAAUAAGUGGAAAAGGAGGCCAUGCAGCCAUUCCUCAGCAUUCAAUAGAUCCAAUUUUGGCAGCCUCUAAUGUUAUUGUUAGCCUACAACAUCUUGUUUCACGUGAAGCUGAUCCACUGGAUUCCCAGGUGGUGACAGUUGCAAAAUUUCUAGGAGGUGGUGCUUUCAAUGUCAUUCCAGAUUCAGUUACAAUUGGUGGGACCUUCCGAGCAUUUUCCAAAGAAAGUUUAACACAACUAAAGCAGCGGAUCGAGGAGGUUAUCAAAGGGCAAGCUGCUGUGCAGAGGUGUAAUGCAACUGUUGAUUUCUACGAAAAUGAGAAACCGGUACCCAUUUUCCCUCCAACCAUAAAUAAUAAGGACUUGCAUGAGCACUUCCAAAAUGUUGCAAGGGACAUGCUUGGUGCUGACAAAGUUAAAGACAUGCAACCACUCAUGGGAUCUGAGGAUUUUGCAUUUUACCAAGAGGCAAUUCCUGGCUAUUUCUUCAUGCUUGGAAUGCGGGAUGACACCGGUCCACAGCUAAAAUCUGUCCACUCACCCUACUUUAUGAUCAAUGAAGAUGUACUUCCUUAUGGCGCUGCACUUCAUGCAUCAUUGGCUGCUAGGUAUCUCCUUGCAGCAGAGCCAAAAUAUCAUUCACCAAAGGAAGAAUUGCACGAUGAACUGUGAAGAUUCUUGACUUUCCUCACUGGGGUUGGCACUUGGAUAACUGCUGCUGUAAAUACAACCUUAUUUUGGUACAACACAUCAAACGUAUGCUUCAAGCUUCAUCAUCAGUGUCGUCAAAAGUUAGAACGUACUUUAGUUAUUUGUUCUUUCUUUUCCCCUCUUCUUUUGGAUUUUUUUGCUAAAUGAUAAAGCUUAGUUUAAUAUUUGAUAACUCAAAACAGAAAUAAGAAACCCCCUUUUGAGAGAA